GCCCCAUCAUCACCUUCUUCACCCAUAGCUAAUGAACCAAAAUAUGAGAAGCGCUGGCUAGACACCUUAUCAGUUCCUUUGUCGAUGGCUCGAAUCUCGAGGUACAAAACUGGAACAGAUAAAUUAAGAUCUAAUGCAUUUGAAGUGCUGGCACUUGAUGGAGUUAGUACUGGGAUACUUCAGUUUUAUACAGCCCAGGAGAGUGCUGACUGGCUGAGAGCAAUGUCAACUAACAUCAGUGAUUUGACACUUCAAAAUAUCAAAAUGGCAAAUAAAUGCUGUUCUCCCUCAGACCAGGUCAUACAUAUGGGAUGGGUAAAUGAGAGACUUGAAGGAACUGAUUCAUCUCAGCUCUACAAAUCCAAGUUUCUGGCACUGAAGGGUUCAUCCUUCUAUAUUUUCAGCACGCCACCGGUAAGCACACUAGACUGGGUACGAGCUGAAAAAAUCUAUAACCUCUGUGAGGUUCUAUUUAAAAUUCACAAGCUCUGGCUUGCUGAUGAUUGCUGGCUACAAGCAAACUUGUAUUUAGGUAUUCAUCAGGACUUUGAUCUUGAAGACCAGAGGCCAUAUUGUUUCAGUGUUAUGGCUGGACACGGAAAGAGUCAUUAUUUCAAUGUAGAACUGGGCAGUGAAUUGGCCAUGUGGGAGAAAUCAUUUCAAAGAGCAAUUUUCUUGGAAGUUCAAAGAACAGGGUCUAAAACAUAUAUGUGCAGUUGGCAAGGGGAUACUCUGUGUUUCACAGUCGACUUUGCUCUGGGAUUUACCUGUUUUGACAGUAAAACAAAGAAUGUACUGUGGAGGUUUAAAUUCUCUCAACUCAAAGGCUCUUCAGAUGAUGGAAAAACAAAAGUAAAGCUGCUUUUUCAGAAUCUAGAUACCAAACAAAUUGAGACAAAGGAGCUUGAAUUUCAGGAUCUGACGGCAGUUUUACACUGUAUUCACUCCUUUAUAGCAGCAAAAGUGGCAUCUGUGGAUCCAGUAUUCAUAGACAGUCAGAGUAUUGCAAGAAAAUAUAUGUACAGUAACUGAUACUAGAUUAUAUGUUGUGACUAUGGAAAAUAAAUUAUUUUCUUAAAAAAAUAGUAGUUAUUUCAUUCAAAAUAUUGCAACUUUGUGGUUUUAUAAGAAGCCUUUAUUUGUGUUAUCUGUAAUGUUAAGAGUUUUCACAAUCUGAUAAAUAUUUUAAAUCUGUGAGUUGACAAAUACUAAAUCAAACUGAAUCAGUUUGUCAUCUUCUGCGUUAAUCUAAAAUUCUAAGUGAAUAUUCAUUCAGUAAUAUUUCUAGUGCCAUUUUGAUUUCUACUCUUAUGGUCAUUCAUACUCCCCCUUAUUAGGUAGAAAUGUGGAGUAAUAUUUGAAAAGCGUGUGUCCAAAAUUUGGCCUCUAAGUCUCUUUUGAAAAGUGCUGGGCACACAGACAGUUUCUACAAUCUUCACUGUAGAAAAGAAGUAAUUAUUUCAGACCACUGCAGUAGGAAUUGAACUUUUAUCUUGCCUCUCUAUGUUUGAAAAAUUAUAGUUCUACAGUUGGGUUCUUUCAAGGUCUGAGAGUUUAGCUCUGGCAAAACACUAAAUACUGUAUUUCAGAUCUAGGAAAAUAUUUAAGCACAUGCUUGGCUCUAAGCACAUUAAGUAGCCCCAGAGUAUGCACAAGGAAAUGUUAAGUGUGUAUUUAAGUCUCAUGGUAGAUCAGCUGUGAAGAGAUUUAGACUCAGCUAAGAAGCUUGACUAUAGCCACUCAGAACACUUGCCAUAGGGUUUUCUUAUCUAUGAAUAAAAUUUCCAUGACCCAUUCAUUUAUUCAUUCACAGAUUGCCUUGAUGCUGUCCUUUGAUGUGAUGCCCUGUAUGCUUGGGAACAGCUUCUUUAAUAAACUGUUUUGUUUGGUGAAAGAUGCUUCCAGUAUAGGAUGAACAUAACAAAACACAAAGAUAUUUCUGGUCCAUCUACCUUUUCCUUCCUACAUCUCUAAC